CCCAAAAUGAAGAAGUUUUAAAAUGUUUCUGUGAGAGAAUUAAUAACCUUGUUCAAGACAAUCAAAUUAAACUCAACAUUCUCAGUUGCUUCCUCGACUGCGACGAUUGUGUUGUAAAAUUUCGGUUCCUCAAAAUUUCUAAUAAUUCCUGUUUUGACUCAACAAGUAGCAGAAGAUAGUGAGAGUUUAGAGAAAAUUUUAAGUGAUAACGAAAGUGCUUACGUUAGUUAUUAUUUAGAAACGUGAAGUAAAGUCGCAUAAAAUCAAUAAUCAAGUUCAAAUUUUUCUUAUCAAAAUUGUUUUGAAUAUUUUAUUUUAUUUUGUAAAAUAAACAACAUGAGUUGGAAGAUUUUAAGUCAAAUUUCAAGAUUUGCAAGCACAGCAACGCAAAAUGUGACAAAAAGUGCUCCAAAAAUAUUGGAUUUUAAACAAAUUCCCGGUCCCAAAUAUUAUCCGAUUCUUGGAUCAUUAAAUGAUUUUAUUCAGUUGGGUAAAAAUGAACGAUUGCACCUGACGGUAGAUGAGAUGCAUCAAAAAUAUGGAAAUAUAUUUCGUAUUAGGAUUGAGUCGAUUGAUGCUGUCUUCCUCAGCUCGGCUGAUUAUAUACGAUCAAUAUUUGCAUACGAGGGAAAAUAUCCAAAACAUCCUAUUCCUCCGGCAUGGCUUUACUUUAAUGAAAAAUUUAAUAUUCAACGUGGAUUGAUAUUCAUGAAUGAUGAAGAAUGGCUCCAACAUCGUCAAAUUAUGAACACUUUUCUCUUAAAGGACAUGAAAUGGACAGAGUCGUUGAUCGAAAUGACAUGCGAUAACUUCAUAGGCAAACUAAAGCGUAUUCUCGACUCAGAGGAUGCAACAGUUGUGGAAAAUUUAGAAGAUGAACUUUAUCUAUGGUCAAUCUAUUCAAUACUAAACCUCAUGUUGGGUUCAUCGACAUCGCAGCAGAGUGACAGAGAGUUUGAUGCAACGGUAUGGGAAUUUGUGACAAUUGUAAAGCAAAUAUUUGAUUCGAGCUCAAAACUCAUGUCAAUACCGCCACGUUUUGCCGACAAAAUUCACAUGAAAGUGUACAAAGAUUUUGAGAAUGCUGCACAAAAGUCCAUCUCGAUUUCACGACGCUUAAUAUCAAUUUUAAGUAAUGAUAUGCAAAGCUCUGAGAAUGGUUUGCUACAGAAAAUGAGAUCACAGCAUUUGUCAGAGGAUAUGAUAGUGAGGAUAUUUAGUGACUUGAUAAUUGCAGCUGGAGACACUACUGUCACCACACUCCAAUGGAUGUUACAUUCAAUCGCCAAAGAUUCUCAACUUCAAGAUAAGCUAAGAAAAACCAUAACAGAUGAACCAGGAAAUUUAGAGUCACCCCUCAUUCGAGCAUCUUUAAGAGAAUCUCUUCGCUUAUAUCCCAUAGCACCAUUUGUUGGAAGAUUUAUUGAAAAUGAUGCUACAAUUGGCGGAUAUGGAAUACCAAAGGGAGUUCUCACAAUCGCAUCACUUUAUACGUCCGGUCGUGAUCCUAUGAACUUUACGGAUUCCCACAAGUUCAUUCCAGACAGAUGGCUUCGAAAUGGAGAUCAGGGUGAACAUAAAGUAUUUAAAUCGCAUGCAACCUUACCGUUUGCUAUGGGAAGCCGGUCGUGUGUUGGAAAGAAGAUUGCUUCUUAUCAAAUUCAUUGCUUAAUAUCCAAGAUCUUAAAGGAAUUUACACUAGAGUCAAAGAAUAAGGAGGAUGUUAAUUUCAAGUUAAAACUUAUAGGGGUUCCAGACAAGAAAAUUUUGAUUGCUUUCCGCACAACAAUGCCUUUUACUAUAGACGUCAACGUCAACCCAUAAAAACGGAUAGAUGAAGAUGGAGGCCAUAAAAAUAAUGCAUAAAAAAUUCAGCUCUCCUUUUGUGGAGAAAAGCACACAAAAAAAAUUUAAUUAAGUUUAAAAUGUAAUCUUCUGACUUUUUUUUACUUUCUCGUUUAUUAUUCAACCUUAAUCUCGAUAAAUUGUUAAGCAUCUUUUGCUUAAGGAUCAGUUAAUUCAUAGAUUAUUUCAAUUUAUUUCGCAUUUAUUUUAUGAGACCUUUUAAGGCUCAAAAUCAGUGUUGGUCACAUUUUUUUGGGCGAUAAAAUAUGCUUAAAGAAUUAAAAUGAUUUCUGUACCUCAAUUGAAGCUAUAAAGCAGCUUGAAUAUAGCUGAUUUGAAUUUAAUUUAAUAUGACUUGUUGCUCAUAAUGACAUAUUUUUACCAAUCUAUUGAAUGUUUUAAAUAAAGUUUUAUAAUUUUUU